AUGGGUGCCGCGGUCAUCACCUUUGGCUUACCAUUGCUGCUGUACAUCUUUCAAACAAAACAGGGUACCUGGCUCACGGCUGGGUGGUGGGGUAUCUCCAGACACAUCAAUUACUUUGGGACUGAGCAUGAUCAUCACCUACUUCUAUAUGUUCUACUUUGGAAUCUUAUUAAUACACUGCGAAUGUCGAUGAAAUGCCAUGGACGCGAAGAAGUAAGGUGA